AUGGUCCCGGACGACCGCGGCCUCCUCGACUCGUCGGCCAUGGUCGAGCUGGAAGGCCGGAAUCCAAAUACAGCCAAGGAAUACAAGCCGCUCCACCCCGGCGGCUGGACCUUCCAGGAGGCCGAGCUUUCGAGGAGAGCCGUCUUCGCCUCCAUCUUCCAGCCCUACCGGGUCCGUCGACCGACCCGUGCGCCAGCGGCCGCAUCACGGAUAUCCCCUCCUGGUCGCGGCUGUCGUUCGACGGCAGCGGCCGCUUCGAGACGGUCUGGCACGCCUUCCCCCGCGGCAUGA